CCACCACCACAGAUGUGACUGUCCCAUUAGCCACACCAGGGUGACCCUGUUAACUGCAAUCAUUACUGUGUGCAUUAUGGUGGCACCCAGGAGCUCCAGUCAUGAAUCAGAGCCCCGCUGUGCUAGGUGCUGUACAAACACAAAACAGAAAGAUUUUCCCUGCCCCAAAGAGCUGGCAAUCAGAGUAGAAGACAAUGGACAAGAAAUGCAAGCAACAGACUGAGGGAACUAGAAUUAAAGAAAGGAAAGGAAAACACUAGUAAGACAAGGAUGUGAUGGAAGGAGGAAGAGAAGAAGGCAAAGAAAAAGAAUUCCAAGAGCCUUUCCAGCCAAGCUCCCAACUCCUCCAGCACUUAUACAUAUACAUGCAGAGAUACUCACACAGAUAGUGACACCUGCAGACACACACAUGCUUCGGAUGAGAAAGUUCUGCUCAGUUUUGCCAGUGCCUCUAGCCAUGACAGACAAACCUUUGCUUGCUAAACCCUAUUUUACCUGCAAAGCGAAUAGAAAAUGCCUAGGUGCAAAAGGAACUAAAGAUACCGCAUUUGGCUGUGCGCACGCCUAAUUCUGGAGUGUUGUAUCUGAGCCAUCGAGCCAUCAGGAGCAAUCUCCAAGGGCCGCAAUGGGCUAUAUGCAUUACUCGCACGUAGGAUGCUAAAAUAAAAGGCAUUGUUGGGUGUCAGAUUGUCAAGCGCAUUGUCCUGAUUCAUCCGAACUCAGGGUGGGCCCACACUGCCACCAACAGCGUGACGGCCGCACACGUAGGCAUACCCAAGUUCACGCUGAUCUAGCUAGUGCCGGUCAGAAUAGCAGUGAGCCACCCGGGACCCUGGGUACGUGGAGCUGCUCGCCCAAGCUGCUGAGGAUCGGCUGCUGUUGUGCACUGGGCUUGGGGAACUUAGCGCUAUUAAUGUCGGCAGAUACCAGGCACAGCGUGCUACGGGCUACAUUUCUCUCCCUGAUUCAGCAAAUUCCUUUCCCACGGUGAUAACGGUACGGUGCUCUGGAUCCCACUAGCAGCUGGGAGACCGGCUGUUUUGCCGAAUGAGUCUGCAGACAUAUGGGAGCUGCUUACCUCUACUGCCUCUCGCAAAUGGGCUGUGAGCUGAGAUCCACCAAACUCAUGCCAUCUCAGAGAUGAUGCUGUUUGUAGUCAAUGACACAAGGCCGGGGAGCGAUACCACAACGUGACGCACACACCAAGAGGUUGAGCUGGAACCUCUCGGUUUGCUGGGUCCCUGACGCAACGUUUCCCGGUGGUGUCGCUAGGUUCAGACACAAUAAGUGCACACACCAGAUACCCAGCUGCAGCCACGUCCUGUCCAUUCAGGAGCCUUUGAGCUUUGUUUCCAUGGGCCUCGGGCUUAUAUGGGAGCAGCACGUGCAGCGAGUGGCUGGCUCAGCCAGGAGACAUCCACUUCCUACCCACUAGUGAUGAGACAGGAACAGCAAGGGCUCCCUUUAAAAGGGGCAGGACAUAAGCCAGACCUGCAGGGCUCAUUUCACAGCACUGGAAGGGAGACCCCCCACUGCAGCCCUUGUAGAGGGGGAAGAACAGAUGGAGACUUGGGGAGGGGAGGAAGAUCUGAGGACAGCAGAGGCCAAAAUCACCUUAUUCCAUACAUUUGGGAGCAUUGGCAACUCUGUCUCACACACCCUGGGGGUGGGCAGGGGACGUCCAAGACAGACCCAAAAAAAACCACAUAAUCUUCCUAUUUAAAAAAGUCAUGAUUUUGGGACAAAUCAGGAUUUUGUGGGGGGGCUAACUCAUGAUUUUUGAGCCUGGCAGUAAUGCACAUAAAAGCUAGGUACUGCUCGUAUUCUCUAAACUCGAACCCACAGCUCAUUUCACCUGGGUUUGAGGUUCUCUGCCUUGCAAUCGUGGAAGAGGAAUCCAGGGCCAGGCCAGGGGCUGUAAGGAGAGAGCGGGGCGGUUUGCUCACAGUCUUUGGACUCAGGGAAGGUGAAUCCUGCAGGUUUCCUACCCGCAGCCACUUGGAUCUUUGAGGACCAGAGUUUCAGCACUAUUAGCUGAGCCACAGCACACGGACCAGCUGCACAAGACAGAACAACGGGCUUGGAGCCUGCCCGCUGGCUCCGUGUUAAAAGGCCUGUUGUUUCCUGAUUUCACAAGAAAUCAUGCUGCAAAAAUAGGGUGACGCAGCUGUGGUUUUUUUCUACCCUCUUAUUGCGGUGUCAUCAGCAUGUGAGUUUGACUCAUCACAGGCCCCAAAGCAAAGCUGCAUCUAGCCAUCCUGGGAAAGGAUCUAGUUACGCAAUGCAAAACACUGACACCAGCAAGAACUCACCCCCAGAAUGCCAACUGCACCCUAAUGGCCAAGCCCAGUACCAGCAAUGCUCUCCUUUCCCCCGCACUGGUUGUGAACCCAAGGCAGAGCCAAACAAAACUGACUUACAGGGCUUGUCUACACACACAAUUGGUUUGUGGCAAGUUGAGGUGCAGGCGUACGCUGUACUAGCCCGCCCCGUUUUAACUGCCCGUGUGACCCUGCUGACACUCACUAAGAGUUCGUCAAUUCGCUUUGAUCUACUCCUCUUUGAAACAGGAUUAGGUCAAAACACACCAAUGAACCGUUAAUGCACAUCGGCAGGUGCUCAGGGACUAACCGUGAGGGUUAGUGUGGGGGAGAGUCUCACCCCAGCUUGCUGCCAACUAAAUGUUUGUGUAGACAAGCCCAUACUCCCCCCCAGGAAGACUAGAGCUGGUUUUCCCAUCCUGUGAAAAAUGUCAAGAUUUUGAAAUAUUUCCUAUACCACCCUGGGAUGAAACCGAGCCCUUUUGAAGUUUUUUUGUGAAAAACCCAAUGGGAGGAGAGAACAGAAUAACCAAUAGCCCAGCAGUUAUGGCAGCCACCUCAGAUCUGAGUGCCCAAGGUGCUGUUCCAAUGAACAGGUCAUUAUUUAUACAAAGUUGGAAGAGCUUCAUCAGGAGAGAUUGAGAGAGAUGCAUCCCAGAACAGCCAAUAGGACUGGAUGGAUCGGCUGAGCCAAGCUGUGCAUUCCAAUCUCCCACAUGGAGGCAAACCAACAUGAUCCCGCUUCCCUUUCCUCAGCACCGUAAUCCUCCUCCUUUUUGUAUGGCUGUAAGCAAAAAUAUCAUCCCCAGGUCAGCAUCCCAAACACAUUCAGACAUAGAGCUAGAGAACGACACAAGGGACCCUGAUGAGAAGCGACCUGGGGGAUGUUCUACUAAGGAGAUGGCAUGGCCUAGUGGAUUGGGCACUGGGCUCAGAGUCAAGAGACCUGUGUUCGGACCGGCUGUGUGACACUGGGCAAAGUAAUUUCCCAUCUCUGUUUCCUUAAUGGUACAAUGCAGCUAAGGCUCAUUCCCCCUUUUAGAAAGUGCUUUGAGAUCUAGGGAUACAAAAGUGAAAGCUGUUCAUGUACUAUACACCAAGGCUACAAAUGUUAUUAAAAAUAGAACAUGGGCUAAUCUCUCUCUUUCUUCCCCAUUUCCAAGAGCAGAUCUCCAAACAUGUGUAAAAAUGAGAAGCAGCCGAUAGCCAAAAUGCAGGCUUCCUGUCUGAAGGCUCAGAUUAGGACUGUGGUAAAAGCAUCUUUCCAACAAUUGCAAACGAUACUGUCACUCUGGAGCACGAGGACACAGACAGUGACAAAGGGAGUUCACUGCUGACCCAUCUUCACAGCAACAAAGAAGCCUCAAUGUUGCAUUCCACCUCUCCAAGAUCUAAACCACUUCCCACGACAGGAUGGGUCGCUUCCCAGCCCGGCUGCUACUGCUGGCACUAACAGGGCCGUGCCUGGCAAGAGAAGAGCCGGAAUUGGUGACAGCUGUACAGGGAAGCUCUUUCAGUACAAGGUGUUACUACAAACACAAGUAUGCACUGGAGGAGAAAUUCUGGUGCAAGAUGCUAUCAGACCAGGAAUGCAACUUCCUGACCGUCCGAGCAAAAAUAGGAGGGAAAUACCAAAAUAUUGCACCAAAAAGAAGGGUCAAUCUAACAGACUUGGGAACAGGCUGGAUUUCUGUGUCCAUGACGGAGCUCAGGAUAGAGGAUUCAGGAACAUACUUGUGCGGGGUUUUGAAUCAUCUGACAAUUAUCCCAUUGAAAAAGAUUAAAGUGGUGGUUUCUUAUGAUGCUCCCAUGAGGCUAUCUGCAAAGGAAGGAGGCUCCAUCUCCUUAAGUUGUUCUUAUUUUGUGACGGACGACAGCAGGAUACCUAGUAAUUUUACCUGGUGCAAAAUGGUAACUGCAACCAGAUGUCAACCCGUCGUCAGUAUUAAGAUCAAUCAGAUUGUUAAUACAAAAGGAAAGACCAUGAUAAAGAUUGACCGGUGGACCAGAGAGAUUACAGUGACACUGGUGGCGCUCCAGCUACAUGACUCGGGGGACUAUCAUUGUGAGACCCAUCUCCAGGGAAGUACUGUGCUACUGAAGAUGAUCACACUGAAUGUUUUGGAAAAAAGUGUGUUUCAUGAUACAGUUAAUGAGGCUACUUCGCCUCCCACUAACGAGGGGGAAAACACCCACCCAACUGUGGCCAGCAACAAGGAGCAGAGAACUCUUUAUGCUGUCCUGGCACUGGUCUCCCUCCUGGUUUGCAGUGCACUGAUUGCGAUCAUGGCUAUUAUUUUCACCAAAGGGAGAAAAAGAGUAGGGAAUGGGCUGAAUUUUGGUGAACACCCUAACUGCAGGCUAGCAGCACAGCAGAAGGAUGAAGGACACCCCACAGAUGCCACCCCCGAUGGGGAAUUGAAGAACGGUAUAAUAUAUGCCAUGCUAAGGCACCAACCCAAGCCAAAUCCAGACGAUGUCACGUAUGCCAACGUGGAGCCUCCACCAAAGCCAAAAGGUGCCAAACAUUCUGCUGAGCCCCCAGCUGUCCUGUUCUCCUCAGGCACCAUGGAAUAUGCAACCAUCAUCUUUGGAGACUCACCUCCACGGUCUGGGACUAAAGAGAAACAAACCGCCCCUAACUGAACUCAGAUCCCAUGAAAUCUAGUGUCCCCCUCCUAGCUCUUCUCCUGAACU